UCAGCAAGAGACAAACUCUGAGAAUGGAUUCCCUCAUGUCGCUGGGCGCUCCCCUGAAGCAGUUCACCAGCUGUUUGUCAGGAAAAAACACCUCCAACAACAGAGGGGCCAAGAGGAGCCAGUCUGUCCGCAGAAGCAGCUUCACCCGCAGGAAGAGCGUCAGUAGGAGGAGAAGCCUUCCCUGCAGCAGCCAGAAGGUCCCGGACUCCUGGCUCAGAGUGUACCAGGCUGAACUGAAGAGAGAAAGGAAGCGACAGCAAGCCAUGCUGGCCAAGAAGACCACUGAAAGGACUGUCAGAAGAACUCACUUCAGGAGCCACCACUGCCUCCCAAGGACCACAACAGCUAGAAAACCGGCCCCGGCAAAGGACGAUUCCUUCUUCGGAGCCUUCCAGGGCCUCAGUCUGGACGAACUGAUUGGAGGCACAAGUGGAUCUCCUGCUGUCGGUCCUUCUGCCGCAGGUGGAAGUGAUCAGUGUAAAAUCAUGUGAGACCCAACAUUUAAGGACAAUCGGACUGUUUAAAUGACCCUCGUACUCAAGAGACUGAAGAGAAAAAGGGCUCAUGGAAAAAAGGUGAUUUAAGAAUAAGAGGUUUGCACCUCGGGGGGGUGGGGGUGAAUUUGUUUGGAUUAAUAUCUUUAUUUGUCCUCAGAAAAUGUAUUGCUCUAGGAAAGAGUAGUGCUUGUUCUUGAUUCCUCGACGAUUCAGUAUGUAAAGUGUAUCAAUUUCUAUUUGUGUCUUUUCAUGAAAUAUUAAGGUUAUAAACUGAUACAAGUUGGACUUGUGUAACUAUUUUACUCAUCCAGUGUUAAAACUCCUGAGCUAGUUUCAUUUUGUGGAACCAUUUGAAAUCCAAAGCAGAAACUAAGCAGGUAAAAGGAUUUUAUUCAGUUUUCCCAAAACAACAAAUAGAAAAUUAUGUGCAACAAACACCUGGCUGCUGUUUGGUGUUUUUACUGACAGUAUUUCACUGAAUAGAUUUAAAAACAUGCAAAACUAGUGGGGGUAUCAAGACACUAAUUCCAAAAAUGAACAGGUAGCUGGUCCAGAAAUAUUUUCCUGUUUUGCGUAUUCCAAGGUAUUGUGUGUAAAUCCAUUCAGUACUGUAUUGGCUUGUAAAGUGAUUUGUAAUAA